AUGGCUUUCAAAUUCAUUCUUCUUCUAGGCAUUUUUCUUGUGGUGGCCACUAAGGUUUUUUCGUACGAUGAAGAUCUCAAAAUACUGGUGAACCAUGGAAACCCUUCAAUUAUUUCUCUUGCAGCAGCCAGAGCUUCUCCUAGGCUACCACCAUUUUCCAUGGGACCUCCUCGUCCGCCCAGAACACGUCCUCCUCAAUCAUCACCACCAGUCAAAGCACCUCCUUCUCCACCACCUCCUUGUCCAGCCCAAACACCUCCUCCUCAAUCAUUACCACCAGCCAAAGCACCUCCUUCACCACCCAUAGCACCUCCUAAUCAAUCACCACCACCACCACCCAUAGCACCAACUCCUCCACCAACUCAGCCCCCAGUGCCUCCACCAACUCAACCACCAGCACCAACCGUAGCACCUCCUAAUCAAUCACCACCACCAGCCAUUGCACUAACUUCUCCACCAACUCAGCCCCUAGUGCCUCCACCAGCUCAACCACCAACACCAAUAGUCAAAUCAUGGAAGGGUAAGUAA